AUGUUUGAUCAGGUCGAGCUAACCGUUUCUCCUUCCUGCUACAAUUGCCUUGCCUGGUCAGCAGAUGGCGAGAUUGCUCUGGCCGCGGGUGAAUAUGUUCAGAUCCUAACGCCGAGGAAACCUACGCAGGACAAAGAGGAAAGUGGCUCUGAUCGUCCAAAAAGCGAACCAAAAUGGCAUAUCACGCGUUUUCGCGCCAAUUUGUUCACAAACAGAGAGUGGCCCACGGUUUUCCCUCACAACCGGGAUGAUUUCUCCAUUGGGGCUGAACUCUCGCAAAGCUCAGUGGUCGGUCUGUCCUGGUCACCACCAGGACUCGCCAAACAUAGGCGAUGUACACUUGCAGUGCUGACUUCCAACUUGUUACUAUCCUUCUAUCAAAUUGUUGAUGGAAAAUGGAUUCGAGUUGCCAUUGUCAACAAUGCCUUAGCGGCACAUUUCAACUCUUUCAUUCACGACGAGGGUCCGCGAUUGAGGAAAACCAACAUAAGGCAAUUCGCGUGGUGUCCGCCCUUAAAGAUACCGCAGGGCAAAAACCAUUCCGUCCCUGGAGCCGAAAGCCGAUGGGGCUUUCAAAUACUUACAGUCGCCAAUGACGACAACGAUUUGAUUUUCCUGCAUGUUUGGAGAACAGAAGCUGGUUUGGCCCUCUCUUCUUAUUCCUUCGAUAUAAUCUCCAUCAGCUCAGUGCAUGAUCCCGAGGCAAAAUAUCCUAUUGUCCAGUCUGGCUCGAUUCUGGCUACAUCCUUGAAGUCGAAAAUGAGGAUCUCGGGCCUGUCAUGUGGCCCCUGGCUCCUCAAGCAAGAUGAGAUAGCACCGGACGUUUGUCCUGCGAUAGGAAAUGCAGCCGUCACUUAUGGUACCAAACUCAAGGUGAUUAGGCUAGAUGUAAACCUACGCCGAGAUGACCAAGAGUCAGAAACUCCUUCUCGCUGGAACUUGCAGGCAACCGCUUCGGAGAACAUAGAUCUAUCAAGGAAAGAUGCUGGCGAACGCAUCUACCGCGGCCCUCUUGAGUGGUUUCAAGCGGCAGAGUCUGGGGAAAUCGGCCUAGCUGUGAGUACAGUGGGAGCGCUUCUGGUUGUAAGCCUCCCUCGCGCCGUAUAUGAGGGCACAGAGACAUCAUCUGGAAAAGUUCGAACAAGAGAAUAUCCCCUGCUUGACAACACCAACACCGCCGUUGAGAAAACGGAAGCAAGGCAUUGGGAAUCUAUCAGUGCCAUGACGGUUGCACGUGAUGAUGAGUCCAGGCUAUCCUCACUUCAUUUGGGCACAUCCGGGGGUCAUGCCGCAGCCAAGGAAUUCAUUGAUUUCACCGAUGCCCGGGAUGACGGCACGCUCUCGCCGCCGCCGUGGAAAGCCCAGUUUGAUGCUAUGCGAGAGAGAUUCGAUAUUGACCAUGAUCUUGGAGGAUUAGCGAUCGGCAGAAUUUGGGGACUAACAGCCUACGAUGGACUUGCUGCAGUCGCAUUUACUCUUCACCCCGGAGACAUGAUUGAGUACCGCACUGGCUCGCAGGAGCGCACCAUUAUUGUUCUCUCCAGGGCAAACCUACAUCAGCAACAACAUACUCCGUCGGUCCUUCGUGACUUGCCAGAAUUCACGUCAGACUUCUUGCGCCUGAGACGCGAGGUGGUGCUGCGCUUCACAUUGUAUUCCCUGGACUAUGAUGACAGAAACCCUUGGUACCAGAAACUCGUGUACACGGCUGCCUGUUGUGCUCUUGUGGAAUCUCAGGAUGAAUCUCUACUCUUACAAGCUAGGAAAGUCUUCGAGUGGCUUGCCACCGCUACCGGAGUUGAUUUGACCGAGGAGAUAACAAAAUGUUCGUCGCCUGGGAACAAACUCGAAUCAAAAUCUGUAGAGCAGCUCGACGGGGCUGGUGGGCACAUAUUUGAGAGGUGCGAUAUAUGCCAAGCUGGGAUAGCUUGGUAUUCAGCUCAGGAAGGACAGUGUGCGGGUGGUCAUCUAUUCGUUCGUUGCAAUCUCUCGUUCUUCUGUAUUCAAGAGCCGGGAGUAUCCAAGUUUUGCUCCGAUUGCGGCACCGAAUAUCUCGAUGAAGAUGUCCUCGCUCAGCUUCACGGGACCGAACUCCAACGCGCUUAUGAGAAACUCUCUAACUUGUUUGAUACGUGCAUAUACUGUGAUGGCAAGUUUCGUGCCUGA